AUGGUGACCACGGCAAGGGUUCCACCUUUACUCUCAUCAAUAUCAUGGCCACGGUGGACCGCGUCUACUAGGACCAUCUCGGGCCAGCCCAGCCCCGCGGGCCGACUCAAGCUAGAGACGCGGGUGCAGACGCGGCGAUACACCGCGGCAGUGUGGCCCUCAUAUGGCACGACCACCCCCGUCCCAAAUCACCACCAAACGCUCGCCCAUACCCCUUUCAGAUUCGAGACCGGCUACGCCUUAUGUGCGAAACGCCCUUCCCGCCCGUUCCCCCCACCAUUCUUGUCUCCGCCGUCCUCUUCCUUUUCCGAUCCCCUGACUACCCACUCAUUGAACCAGGAUAAGAGAUUAUCCGUGAAGGGCGAGCUGAUCCGUGGCUUGAAUAACGGGGACGAUGCGGUUAUCGUUGCCGAGAACUUUGUUGGUGUGGAUGACGGCGUAGGCGCUUGGGCGACCAGGCCUUGUGGUCAUGCUGCUCUUUGGUCCAGGCUUCUCCUGCAUUUCUGGGCCCUUGAAAUUGAACGCAAUCUCCCUACGACGGCAACCCCCGACCCAGUUGAAUACCUACAGUCAGCCUUCGAGGAAACCGUCCGCGCUACAAGUACCCCAAAUGAAUGGCUAGGAACGACCACAUCCGCAACCGCACUCCUUCAUUGGACUACCGGAAACAAUGGCAAACAAUCGCCUCUCCUCUACGUAACGAACCUAGGCGAUUGCAAGGUCAUCGUUAUCCGACCUAGCGAAGAGAAAAUCCUCUUCAGUACUACAGAGCAAUGGCACUGGUUCGACUGUCCCAUGCAACUGGGUACCAACAGCAUUGAUACACCCCGCAAGGAUGCGGUGAUGACCAAGGUCGCUAUACAGGAAGACGACAUCGUGCUGGCCGUGUCGGACGGCGUCAUGGAUAACUUAUGGGAACACGAGGUUAUGACAAUCAUUCUGGACAGUAUGAAGAAAUGGGACCAAGGGUGUCCAGAUACGACCGAGCUGGCCUCGUCGAAUUUGUCAAAUGACCGCCUGGUCUAUGUAGCAAGGGAACUGAUGAAUGCUGCUUUGGCAGUUGCUCAGGAUCCCUUUGCGGAGAGCCCCUACAUGGAGAAAGCGAUUGAUGAAGGGCUUGCUAUCGAAGGAGGUAAAAUGGACGACAUCUCCGUCGUGGUUGCUUCUUGUCAGAAACGAGCUGGGUGA